ACAACUGAUUUGAAACUGCUUGAAAAGGGACAAAUAAUCAUCAGCUCUCCAGAGAAAUGGGAUGCUCUUUCUCGUCGGUGGAAGCAGCGCAAACAUAUUCAGCAGGUCAGCCUUUUCAUUGUCGAUGAACUUCAUUUGAUUGGUGGAUCAGUUGGUCCAGUCUUGGAGAUAGUUGUCUCCAGAAUGAGGCGCAUCGCAAGUUAUACUGGUUCAAACAUCCGGAUAGUCGCUCUUUCAGCCUCCCUUGCAAAUGCUAAGGACCUUGGGGAAUGGAUUGGCGCUACUUCUCACGGCCUCUUUAAUUUUCCGCCUGGUGUUCGCCCGGUACCUUUGGAGAUACACAUUCAAGGUGUUGACAUAGCAAAUUUUGAAGCUAGGAUGCAGGCAAUGUCAAAGCCUACUUACACUGCCAUCGUCCAACAUGCAAAGAAUGGAAAACCCGCUCUGGUGUUUGUCCCCACAAGAAAGCAUGCUAGACUGACAGCUCUGGACUUGUGUGCUUACUCAGGUGCAGAAAGUACUGAAAAUCCUUCUUUUCUCCUUGGAACCAAGUAUGAGAUGGAGACUUUCAUUUCUGGAGUU